AUGUCAAUCCAAGAAUAUUCGUUUAUUUCGAGACAAGUUUUUAACAAAUUAGUCAAUAAAUUUCUUGAAAUAAAGUUACUUGCUAGACAUCGCAAAACCUUUAUUUCACAAUCUGAUUACAAUCUUAUUAUUGCAGUACUACAUGAUCCUACCAAUAUAAAUUUAGGAACUCCAAAAGAUCAAUAUUGGAUUAAAAAUUCCUUUCAGCUACAGGAGUUAGAAACUAAAAUAAAUCCAAAUACUCAAAUUAUCACUGUUGUUAAAAAUGAAAAUGGGUCAGAAAUAAUACGUACUAUAUGCCCUUUUAAUCGUCUUUAUGAUGUAUUAUGUAAGGUUCAUACAGGCAUUUUAAAACAUGUUAGAUCGUCCAAAAUAUGGGAUGUUGUAAAUGUGAUGAACAUACAAACAUCUCAUGCAACUGGAAAAUCACCAUACUCACUUGUAUUCGGACAGGAUCCUGUUAAUAAUUUUUUUAUACUUGAAGAUUUAUAUCAACGAAAUGUUAUGAAUGAGGAAGAGUUGCCUGACGAUUUUUUUGAAAAAUCAGAAAAUAAUUAUUUAUUAGACCAGUCUUAUUCUUUAACAUCUGAUCAAUCCGAAUUAUUAGCCUUGAAUCAAGAAUUUCCAGAAUCUUCAGUUUUAAGUCAAUCCAGAUCUCCAACACCAAAUCAGGAAAUUUCUCUAAUAUUAAAUCAAGAAUCUACAACUUUAUUCCAACCUGAAUCAUCGACAUUACACCAACCUGAACCAUUGAUGCUAAAUCAACAUAGAUCAUUGAUUAUAAAUCAAGAAGAUAAUGUUAAUGAACAAAAUUCACACUUGCGAGAAAUUCAAAAUAUUCAAUCACAUCAACUAUCCUGCAAAUAUGCAAAUAAAUCACUUAUUGAAUAUCAAAACCGAAUGAAAGACCAAAUGUUAAGAAAAAAUAAUAAGCACCCACUUAAAUUUUCUAUUAAUGACUACGUAUGUAUUGCAAUUCCAAAAAUAGAUUGUAAUGCCAUCAAUCGGUCUACUUUACCUUGUAAGGUAAUCGAGGAAUUGCCAAAUGAAACAUAUCACUUACAAUGUAAAAAUGGAAUACUUAAUACCACCUUUAAUGUAAAUGAAAUUAUGUCACUAGGGCCAACAGAAUAUAAAGAGCUUGAAGUUUGUCAAGACAAAAUUAUCAGUGUACAAGAAGCUGCAGGAAUUCAGUCUGUUUCUACUGUAACUGGCACCAAAUGUAAUUGCAAGAGUGAAUGCAAAAAUAAUUCUUGUAGAUGUAGGCAUUCUAAUUUGGUAUGUGGAAGCGGAUGUCAUCCACAUAGUAAUAAAUGCAAAAAUAGAGAGCAUGUUUUUUAA